UAGUGAUCAUAUAUGAUCUUUUAAACUUUCAUUUCCCUGCCUUUGAUUCAUCGCCGUAGCACACGACUCUUCCCGCUACAACAUCAAUAGCUCCGAAAAGUGGAAAGAAAAGUCGUCUGCUGUUGAACGCUUCUAGUAACAUGUGUGAAGAACUCACGACGAAUGCUGAACUACCAGAAAGAACUGUACAUUUUGACGAUAAAAAUGAUGACUUGGAGAUAAUGUGGCUUCAAGAAAAGUUUCAUGGUUUUGCCAACAUUGGUGUGACCACCUUACCAGGGUGCAGAUACAAAGAGCAGGAAAGAAAUCUUGUUAAAGAUGUAGAGAAAAUUGUGCAGCAAAAAGUGACAGAUGUCUUCUGCUUGGUGACCACCAGUGAGAUGCAAAAGUUUAGAGUGAAACAUCUUCUGCAAAUGUACCAGAAAUACAGUCUGCGAGUGCACCACCAUCCUUGUGAAGAUGGAGGGUUAUUUCCUGUUCCAGAGCUUAUAGCAAUAAUUGAUAAAUUAUAUCAUAUUAUCGAAGAUGAAGGAAACCCUUUGUUGCACUGUGUUGCUGGAAAGGGAAGAUCUUGUUUGGUUCUGGCUGCAUAUCUAAUAGCAUGGCAUCGCCCUCCAUUGUCUUCAAUGAAGGCAAUAGAAACAGUUCAAAUGUUCCGAAUGUGUUCUGCUUUUAGUGUAAAGCAAUACAACUUUCUUGUGGACUUUCCAGCUGUUUUGAAUGAAUACAGAAAGAACACACUGUCUCAAAUGGUAACUUCACCAUCUCAAGGUCAAGAAACUUGUAAUGAUGAUCCCAUCCAGUCUGAGUUACCAUCACAGAGUGAAUCUACAAAUAAAGAAUAUCUUUGACAGACAGCCCAACAGAUUGUUUGCCCAGACCAUAAAGUAGGAGAUGUACAGGAAGAAUCAUGCAACCAAGCGAGGCAAGCAGAAAAGAAAUUACAAAAGACAAAAGCAACACCAAGUUAUGGAAAGUGAAGUGUGUAGCAGAGAAGGGGUCGAACAAGGGGAAGCAGCAAAGGAAAAUCUUCAGAAUUGAUCAUAAAUCAGAAGUUGUUGGCCUUGCCUUUAUGUUUAUGCGUCUAUACGAGAAUAAAAGGAGCAAUAAUAUACCUUUCCCAGAUACAGCAGAUGAAACUUUCUUUAAAGAUGACAAUACAAAAUGAGAAACAGACUCCAAAUAAAAUCCAAAGAGUCAUCAUUUUGAUGGAAUACUCAAUGUGUUUCAUGAAUACAAGAACAUGUAGUUUUUGUGGUGGUAUCCAAAAUGUUGGCAACAUCUUAAAGAACAUUGCAGAGGCGAUGCUGUUUGAAGAGACAAAACAAAAUGCAGUAUUUUUGGAAGAUGAAUAACUUGAUAAUUUACGUUUGUGGUGUCUUUAAAUGUUGAUUUGUUUUUGAUGAAAUAAAAACUUGCAUAUUGAA